GUUCUUAUCAAUCGCUAUUCUCCGCCUUUGUGAUUUUGUAAUUAAUAGUUCAAUCUUUGUAGCGUCGGAGUUACUCAUUGCUCAUGGACUAUCGUCAUUUCAGCUUAAUAAAUUAGGUAUCAAACGAAUGUUGGGUUUUGCCUUUGACAGUUUAGUGUUUUUUACUUGUUGAAUUCUAAUUUUCAUCGUCAAAUAUUGUUUCAACAUUUAUCAUUGGGUAUUGAAUAAUUUUGAACGAGUUUUCAAAAUUGACUGACAAGUACAAUAAAAUAAAUAUGGAUUUGAAAUGUGAUCUGACGGAGCUCAAUGAACUAUUGAAUAUAAAAGAUACAAUUUCGGGGUCUACAAGAAAGAUAAUAUGUGCAAAUGGUUCAACUACUGAAGACAAUUCAGAAUUAAAUAUUUCUAAAAAGAUACCACUAGAAGUUGAAGAAAUAAAUCACACAGACCAAAGUAUGGACAUUUCUGAUAGUGAAUCCACUGUAUCUAUUAGCGAAAUUAGUGUUGACGAAAAUUAUGAUGAAAUAAAAUUUGGUAAACAAGCUGCUGUACAUGAAGAAUUAUACAGUACUGAUCAAAACGAACAAAGUGGAUCAUCCAAUUAUGUCAAUGUUGUUAACAAUAAUGACAGUGAUGAUAUUGAUUAUGAUGAAGAAAAUGUUGAAGGAGAAGAUUUGAUUGCUUAUGAUAUAAGUUUGGCGUUACCAACUAUCCAUGAACAUACACACAAUCGUGUUCACACUCGUGAAUAUACUCUUGAUCAAAGUCAUGAACAACUUACACAUCAGCAGAGAUAUGAACACACACUUGAAAAAAACUCUUGUCACAGACCAGCAUGCAAUAAAAUAGUUACGCCUGUUACACGUCGGAAUAAACCAAGAGCUGCAGCUAUUGAAGCAGCGGCUAAGAUUGCUAUAUAUUUCACAAAAAAGAAACAGCCAAAUAGCAAGAGAAAUGGUACUACAUUAUAUUAUUCUUGUGGUCAUCGUGAAAAAAUUGGCGGUACUUCAUUGAAACAUAUUGGUAUAAAAACGCCAGCGAUUAUGAAAGAAUCUCGUUUGUUGGAUGAACGCUUGAUGAAAACCACUUGUUAUGUUUCAAAAUUACCAGCUGCACUUACUGUUCAUCAAAUUUUACAUGAUUUCCAAAAAAAGGCAAAUUUGUGUGUAGACUUUGAUCUUAGCAUGGAUCUUAUAUUCACCGCUUUUAACCAUGCAUUACCUGCGUGGUGUUUAUAUUCCAUUGAAAAACUGCAGUAUGAUGAAAUAAUUAAAAAGUAUCCCAAUCGUCAAGUGUCUGAAUUGUAUGGUCUAGCUCAUCUCUUCAGGUUUAUUGUAUGCCUCCCAAGGUUGUACAAUAAAAUGAGACCUCAUCAUACUGAAUUUAACGUUCGUGUUACUGCAUUCAUGAAUGAAUUAAUGGAUUAUGUAAUUGAGGAAAACUUACGUGUCGACAUUGAAAAAGAUUAUGAGCAUGUAAUGCCUGAGUACCACCGAUUGAAUUAUUGGCAUAUUCAACAUCAGAUAUAGACGUUGAUGAGUAUCUAGUUCACUUAAAAAUCUAGUAUUAAUAUUAUCCUUAUAAUAAUUCAAUAAUACAUUAAUUUAAAAAAAUGUACAUUCAAUAAAUAUCUUUUUUUUUAAAUUCACGUAUAAUUAAUUAAAUUAUUCCAUUUACAAUUUGGCAAUGUAUCUGUACAACAUAAUUCCCUCAAUUCAAAAAAAUUUGUACUUUAAUUUAUUUUUCUCAUUUAAAAACAUGAAAUACUGUUGACACAACAAGUAAUUAAGUGUUUUUUGAUAUAUAAUACUCCUUUUAUUUAAAUAUAUUUGUAUUUUUUCAUUGGCAUUUGACAUUUUGUAUAAUAACAAAUAUUGUAAUUUUAAACUUUUAAAAUCAAUAAGAGAAAUAUAAAAGAGUACAAUU